GAAGUCCAAUUUAUUAAAUGUCAUAUUUCGUUGGUUAUUUCAAAACGAAAAUAAUUCUAAUAAAAAAUGUCCAGUGUUGUAGAUACUCUGGUUGAAAUGGGUUUCAGCAAACAAAAAGCGGAAUUGGCUUUAACAAGAACGGGAACUAACGAUAUACAGACUGCGAUGGACUGGCUAUUAUCUCAUGAAGCCGACUUAGAAUCGACUGAAACCAGUAAUCCCUCUGAACCCAAUAUAUCUGAACAACCAGUGGAGUUAAACAACAUGGAAACUUCUACACCAGAAGAACCUACAGAACCAGCUCCAUCAGCCAAUUCAAUAAAAUGUGACGAUUGUGGAAAGUUAUUCAAAACCAGUGAGGAAGUAGAAUUUCAUGCUGCCAAGACUCGUAAGUUAUUUUCUGAAAACCAUAUCCUUAUAUUUCCCCAUAACUUUGUUGAGGACUAAUUGCAGAUAAAGAUA